AUGGGGCUUAAGGACGAAGCCGACCGCUUAAGAUCAUGUCGUUCUGGGGCGGAUUUCGAUGCAGUCGGAGCCAUUUUCAUCUGUGUGUGGAGGGUUGUCUGGGAAUUGGCAAGCAGCGGAGGCCUCGAGAAAAGCCAGGCACGCAACUGCACCGUGCUUCAUGUCGUUUUGACCCUACUAUAUUUGCCACAAGCUACAGUAGCAGGAUGCUGUUAUUGA